AUGGCGAUACAUUUAUACAAAACUUCUUCACGAAAUCGUUUGAUUUAUGGACAGCAUCAUUGUAGUACAGGCCGUAAUGCCAGAGGAAUCAUUACUGCAAAGCAUAGAGGGGGAGGGCAUAAGCGUCUAUACCGUAAAAUUGAUUUUCGACGGAAUGAAAAAGACAUAUAUGGUAGAAUUGUAACUAUAGAAUACGACCCUAAUCGAAAUGCACACAUUUGUCUCAUACACUAUGGGGAUGGUGAGAAAAGGUAUAUUUUACACCCCAAGGGGGCUGAAAUUGGAGAUACCGUUGUUUAUGGUACAGAAGUUCCUAUAAAAAAGGGAAAUGCCCUACCUUUGACCGAUAUGCCCUUAGGCACGGCCAUACAUAACAUAGAAAUAACACCCGGAAGGGGUGGACAAUUAGCUAGAGCAGCAGGUGCUGUAGCGAAACUGAUUGCAAAAGAAGGGAAAUCGGCAACAUUAAAAUUACCUUCUGGAGAGGUCCGUUUGAUAUCCAAAAAUUGCUCAGCAACAGUCGGACAAGUAGGGAAUGUUGAGGUAAACCAGAAAAAGUUGGGUAAAGCCGGAUCGAAACGUUGGUUAGGUAAGCGUCCGGUAGUAAGAGGAGUAGUUAUGAACCCUGUCGACCAUCCACAUGGGGGUGGUGAAGGGAGGGCCCCAAUUGGUAGAAAAAAACCUUCAACUCCUUGGGGUUAUCCUGCACUUGGAAGACGAAGUAGAAAAAGCAAUAAAUAUAGUGAUAAUUUGAUUCUUCGUCGCCGUACUAAAUAG